UGUUGAGCAAUGCGUUUACUUCCCAAAGACUAGAAACAACCCAAAUGUCUAGUGGCAGGUGAGGCAGAAGUACACUAAUUUCCGCCGUUGUUUAUUACCUAGGCCUUACCGGGUACCAGGUGGGUCUGGUGGAUGCACUUUUCAUGCUGUGUCUCAUUUUGUCUUCAAAACGACUGUAGCGGCUCUGGAGGUCAAAAGAAAUGAGACUGCUGGGCUAAGAUCAAGGUGUCAACAGGACUGUAUUCCUUCCCGAGGCUCCAGGGGAGAAUCUAUUCACUUGCCUUUCCCAGCUUCUAGAGGUUGCCUACAUUCCUUGGCUUGCGGCCCCUUCCUCCAUCUCCAGAAUCAGUAAUGAAAGAUCCAAGGCCAUAUCCUGCCUGAGGUGGCUGAGUUGAGCAGGACACUGACAAGGAGGCUGCUGAGCCUGCAACUGGACUGUUCUGUUUGAGGAGCUCUGUGCUUUAUCAUAGAAAUGGAUCUGGUUGCACUGCUGUGAUCCAUCGUCAUCUCCUAAAGAUGCAUCCUGACUUAUCUCCACACUUGCACACUGAAGAAUGCAACGUCUUGAUUAACAUGCUUAAGGAAUGUCACAAAAACUUGGACUGGGAUCAUGUGUUUUUGGAAGAAGACCACAGAGGACUGACUUCCAAUCAUAUAAUCAUCUUUUGAGUCUCCUCAGAACCGUCUGCAAGGUCUCCUCAUCCCUUUUAAGUUGUGGAACAUUUAAGCACCAACUCCAUGCAAGUAACCUGAACGGUUCAGUCUUUUUGUCAUGUAUGUGUCCUUUGGUUCUCCAACUACGUGGGAUCUGUGUUAUUAGCUCUCCGCUGCCGCCAUCCCCGCCGCUCUCCCCAAACACGGCCCGGAACGGGCGCAGGUUGGUGUCCAUGGCAGCCGAGACCUGCAGCGCCGCGUUGAAGCCCGGGCCCACCUGGAGCAGGGCUGGCCCUGAAGAGGCUGAGGACGAUGAUGAAGACGAGGAGGACAACGAGGAGGCUGCUGAGGCGGCGGCCGCUCCCCCUGGAACCCCAGCCCCGCUGCUUCCCGCCGCCGCCGCGGCCGCCACAGCCGGUUGGGGGAGGGGGGCGCCGCGGGGCCGCCACCGCCGACUGCGGGCCCGGGGGGAGGCAGCAGGGCCGGGACGCGUUGCCGCGGGGCGCCCCCUAGGCACCGGCGCCGCCCGCUGCAGCCGCCCCCGGUGGUCCCGGGUCGGGCAGGGAAGCGCCACCGACAGCUGUGCGCCAUGUUCGCCCCGUGAAGUGCUAUUUGGAAAUUCUUUGUACUGUUCUUGCAACUUUUCUUCGAGUUUGAAAUUGACAAAUGUUUUUAAAGACAUCUGCUGUCAUCAAGAAAUAUUUUACCUAACUGAUCUCUCUGAAGACUUGCCCUUUUUAAGUGUUAAAUUGAGCCCAGGAGUUUGAGCGUAUAGUGAGCUAUGAUGUCACUCUGGCACUUCAUCCUGGGCAACGGAGCGAGACCGUGUCUCUUAACAGCAACAACACCACCACCUAGUGACUUAAAACAACCAUAAUUCUGCAGGUCUAGAUCUCGGGGGGAAAAGUUAAUUAAAAGUUUAUGGGGAGGAUGUCUGACUCUGUCACCCAGUCUCGAGUGCAGUUGCACAAUCAGAGUUCACAGCAGCCUUGAACUCCUGGGCUCAAGUGAUCCUUCUGCCUCAUCCUCAUGAGCAGAUGGGACUACAGAUGUGUGCCAUCAUGCCUGGAUAAUUCAGUUUUUUUUUUUUUUUUUCCUCUUAGUGACAGGCUUUCCUGUGUUGCCCAGGCUGGUCUCAAGCUCCUGGCCUCAAGCUGUCCUCCUACCUUGGCCUCCCAAAGUGCUGGGAUUACAGGCAUGAGCCACUGUGCCUGGCCUGAUCCCAGUUAUUUAAUUAAUAAAUUUAGUGAAUUAUAUUACCUAAGAUGUCUUCUAGCCCUGAGUUUGUGUAAUUCUGUUUCAGUCUUUUUUGUUGAUUAGUCUUCCUGAAUACCCCUGUCUGUGCUGGAAUGCUGCAGUGCUCUCCAACCUGCUUGAAGUGCAUGAGUGUUUUAUCUCCAAAUAGCCUACCUUGCUGUGCUUUUAUCAUUCUUUCCGUGCUUUUAUAGUUCUGCUGUGAUCUUUGCAGACAAAUGUUAUUUCCACAGCUUUCAGGUGUCUGUAGGUGGCUUCUGAUCUACUGGCCUAUUUUGCCUACACUUGUCAGCAAGACUUAGAUAUUCUUUCCAUCUGAAGGUAAAAUACAGAAUUCGGAACAACUGAUUUCCUCAAAGCUACUUGGAAAUCCUUAUGUAUUUUUUCUGAUUUAUAAAAGUAAUAUGUAAAUAAUAUAUGUCAUUUUAGAUAGUGUAAAAAAGGUAGGAAAGUAUAAAGCAAACAAAAAUUACCUUUUGUUCAACCACCCAGAGAUCAACUCAUUAAGAACUGGGUUUUUCCACCAUUUAAAAAUUUUUGUAUUUUCCCUUUUUCUCUUCUUCUUAUUGGCAUUUUGAAAUGCCCACAUUUUUUCCAUCGUGAGAAAAUAAAUACAUAAGAUUCCUUCCCAUAAUCCCAGCCUUCUGGUAUCUUGUGUUAGCGUCCCUUUCAGAGCUAACUAUUGCAAUAAUAAUGCUUUCUUCUUUCAGGUUGGCUUCUACCCUCACUAGGGUCCCAAAACUACCAAGAUCACUAAUGACUGCACUACUGCCAAAUUUGGUGGAUGUUUUCAGUAGUUACCUCACUUUUCUCCCAGCAGCAUUUAAUUCCUUCUGAAAACACUCUUCCACAGGCUUCUACCAUAACUUUCUCUUCCCUGGUUUUCCUUAAGUUUUUUUGGCCACUCUCAGGAUUCCCUAGGGUACACCUUCCUGCAAAAAAUCAUUCACUUUCCUGGUUUCAGUAACUCUCAAAUCUAGAUCUCUGGCUCAGAUUUCCUCUGAGUUCCAGAUCUGUUUAUCUCAGCUAGAUAGUGGACUUAACUGUUCCACCAAUAAACUCAACAUGUCCAGAUGCAAAUUUAUCUUAUCUGUUUUUAAAACUUCCACUGUCAUUUUUAGCUGACAGCCAAUGUCAUCUUUAAUUCCUCCAUCUGUCUCAUCUCUUCCCGUGAGUCCUUACCAAGUGCUGUUUGUUCUCUGCAGAAUCUCUCUUGAACCAUUGUUCUCCUUUGCCAGUGCCACUACCAUAGUCCGUGCCAACACUUUUAUUGGGGCCACCUGUAAAGGACUUCUAUCUGGUCUCCUGGCAGUUUUGUUUUCUUUUUUGUUUAAAUCAAUUUUCCACCCUGGAUUUAGAGUGAUCUUUCAAAAAUAAGUUUAAUCAUUGUUAGCUUUUUUUUUUUUUUUGAGACGUAGUCUCACUCUGUCGCCCAGGCUGGAGUGCAGUGGCGCAAUCUCAGCUCACUGCAGCUGUUAGGAAUCUGCAUUUUAUUUAUAUAUUUAUUUAGUUUUGAGGCAGAGUUUCACUCUGUCGCCCAGGCUGGAGUGUGGUGGCGCGAUCUCGGCUCAUUACAACCUCCGUCUCCCCGGUUCAAGCGAUUCUCCUGCCUCAGCCUCAUGAGUAGCUGGGAUUACAGGCGCCAGCCAUUAUGCCCGGCUAAUUUUUGUAUUUUUAGUAGAGAUGGGGUUUCACCAUGUUAGCCCAGGCUGACCUCAAACUCCUGACCUCGGGUGAUCCGCCCGCCUGGGCCUCCCAAAGUGCUGGAAUUACAGGCAUGAGCCACCGUGCCUGGCUCAUUGUCAGCUUUUUAAUAGAUCGUUUUGCCUAUAGAAUGCAUUAUAAAUGUCUUGCCUUGUGUUUCAAGUCCUUAAUGAGACUCAUCCUUGAGUAGCUGUUAGUCUUCACCACUCUCCCACAGCUCCUUCCCCCUCAUUCCUGUGGUUUUUUUUUUUUUUUUUUUUUGGCACUUAUAUGGGAGAAUGAUAUUUCUGUCUUCCAAGCCUUGAUUUUUCCUUUGCUGAACUUAGUGCAUUCCUCCCGGCUCCACUUACUGUUUGCUAAACCAGGUUUUAUCAUCCUUCAGGUUUUCUUCAGCUUUGUUGGUCAUUUCCUUUUCCCUUUCCUGGCCUAGAUUCUCCUGGUGCAGUCACUCUGUUUGAGUAGCAUCAUACAUAAUAGCUUUUCUACUUUGUGGCAGUUCUCACACUUUUUGGUCUCACGACUCCUUUGCACUCUUUUAACAUUAUUGAGGAUUCUGGGGAGCUGUUGUUUAUGUGGGUGAUAUCUACAAUAUUUAUUGGAUUAGAAAUGAAGGCUGAGAAAUUUAAAAAAAAAUUUAUUUUAAAGUUACAGUGAUAAAUUAUAAUUUUACAUGUUAAGAUGACAUGUUAGCAUAGUUAUUUUUCACGAAAAUCUUAUUUUUCAAACCAGAAAAAAGUGAAAAGAAUUGCAUUGCUUUUCAUUUUUUUAAUGUCUGAAUUAAUAAAAUAUAUAUGAAUUCUC